GGGUAUUUGUUAAGCCAAAGCCGGGUUAGCCUUGACUCAGCCAAGCUUACACUUACUUAAGAACAGUUCGCACGUGUAAUAUCGCGUAGUCUUCGUGUGUACCCAUCAGAGUUCAGAUGUUCAAGAUGUCAGGGCUGUGGAUAAUAUUCUUGGUGCAGAUCAUAUUGGUUGCUGGAGACUCGCCAAAAUGCGAGAAGUCAGACACCGCAUGCCUCGUGAAUACUGCGCAAGAGACUGUGCCGGUGCUGACUCCUGGCCUACCAGACAUCGGGGCGCCGUCCCUGGACCCGUUACACUUGGAUAAAGUCACCGUGAACCUAGCAGGUCUGAAUCUGCUUGUCAGGGACGCAAACAUCAAGGGGUUGAGGAAGAGCGUUAUCGACAAAAUCGAAGUGGACCGAAGCAAGAAGAUUUUGGAGGUGAGGUACCACACAGACCUCGUGAUGAAGAACAAAUACAAGGCCUCGGGACAACUCCUCAUUUUGCCCAUUAGUGGUGAUGGAGACAUGACUUUGAAGCUGAAACAUCUGCAGGUCGACAUGACCAUGCCGUUCGAAUAUGGGAAGAAUGCAAACGGAGACACCAUUUUAGAUUUGAAGAGCUUCAGCCUGAAGUAUGACGUCAGGGAUAACGCACAUUUCCAUCUAACCAAUCUGUUUAAUGGAAACAAAGAAUUGAGUGACGCGAUGUUGAAUUUUAUGAACACUAGUUGGAAAAUUUUGACGGAAGAGUUUGGACUGCCCAUCCUGACUGCCGGACAUCAAGUCAUAUUUGACGCAUUAAAGGCGUAUAUGGCUACACAGCCUAUAGAAGAGUAAUAAGUAACCAACGCCAAUAGAUUAUAACAACAAGAAGUGAUAAAUAUACCAAAACUAGACUAUGCAAUUUCAACUCUACGUUACAUUGCAUUAUAAUUUUACAAUCGUUUUAUAAAAACUUGUUCGCAAGAUUUUUAAUUUCUAUUGGCGUAGUACCUACAUAUUAUUAUUUUAAGGUCUGAUAUAAAGUUAUUAUAUUCAGUUAGAAAAUAAGGCGAGGUUAAUGUUGAGGUUAAUAAUGGUUUAUUAUUGUUACUAUUUUUCAGCCACGGAUCUACAAGCUUUUUAACCGGGACAAUUUUUUGUGAAUGCCGCCCGGGGCAAGCGCCCCGGUUUGCCCCCACCUAGAUCCGUGCCUGAUAUUUUUAUAAUUUUUUAUUUUUAUUGCAAAAAUCGACAGAAACAGAGUCUGUCAUAUGGGCUAGUGACGAAAUUGUGCAAUACUUACCUGCAUUGAAAAAAAUGAA